ACAGAGUGAGGGUUGAAAAAGAGAGUGGUGGACCUGCAGCGCUGUAGAAAGUGAGAAGACAGAGAGAGGCAGCAGAGACAAAAACACACACAGCCAACUCGACUGCAACCUACUCUCUCAAUACACACACACGCGCACAUUCAGUCAGCAGCAGCAGCAGCAUGUUUCGGUGGAGGCUCCCCCAGGCAGUGUGUGUGCUGUCGGUGUGUGUGUGUCUGCUUCUCGCAUAUGAGGAUGAUAUCGAGGUCAACUACGCUGACACCUACUACAAUGAGAUCACAGAGGGAGAAACACCAGAACCUACACCGAGCUCUGCACCCUGCAAUUCUCCAGACCUGACCAAGUGGGACAAAAUCUUCUCAAUGCUGGAGAAUAGUCAGAUGAGGGAGAACAUGCUGCUUCAGUACGCCAAUGAUAUCAUCAAGGUGGAGAUGGGGUCAUUGCGUGGAGAAAUGCUCAGGUUGGUUGGACAAAGGAAUGAGAGGUUUGUAGCCCAGUAUGGUGGUACCUGUGGGGUUGCAAUGGAGUCAGCAGGAAGAAGGAUGGCAUUGCAACUGGAGGGCCGCCUAAGAGAAACCCUGGAGCGCCUCAAAUCUGGAGAUCAGACUUCUGCUGCUGCCGGGAAUUCUGUCAGGAAUUCUAACAACCUGGAGGCGAUGCUACAUCAGCUCCUUUCUGCAGCACGAACGCAAGCUUCCCGACUCACCAAGCUGGAGACCAGCUGCUUCAGCGGUCCUGGAGCUGGGAUGGGGAUGAAUACAAAAACAGGAUUCCAGCUUCCAGAGGGUGCAGGGGCUGGGCACCUGGAGCAGGAGGUCACAUCACGAGAGGUGGCUCUGGACGGGGUUGUGUCUGCGCUGCAACACACGAAGGUGGAGCUGGAAGAGGUGCUGAGGUCAUCUAUGCAAAGACACCUGCCGGCAGGCUGUGAGAUGGCCCUCCUCUUCCCGAUGCGUUCCCGUCGAAUCUACACCUCCGUCAUACCAGAUGUCCCGCUCUCCACCUCAUCUUUCACCAUCUGCAUGUGGGUGAAGCCAAUCACUGUCGCCAACAAAACCGUGUUGUUCUCCUAUGGAAACCGGCGCAACCCAUAUGAGAUCCAGCUGCUGCUCAGCCAAACCUCUGUACUCUUCACUAUUGGAGGAGAGGCUCACCUGGUGGAGGCACGAGGUGUGGUGAACCUGGGAGAGUGGAUCCAUUUGUGUGGGACUUGGUCCUCAAAGCAGGGUCUGGCAACCCUGUGGGCAGGUGGGAAAAAAGUGGCCUCCACACCUGGAGUGGCUGAGGGACACGUCUUACCUGACGGGGGAUCACUCCAGCUAGGGCAGGAAAGGAAUGGCUGCUGCCCUCUGUCUCCAAGCAGCGGGAGCGGCGUGGCGGGGUUUGAGGGAGGAUUCGAUCCCAAGCUGGCUUUCGCUGGGAAGAUGACAGGAGUGAAUAUGUGGGACAGGGUGCUGUCAGAGGAGGAGAUUUCCCAGCUGGCGUUGCAGAGGGGCCAGGGCUGUGAGCAGAGAGGAAACAUGGUGGCGUGGGGCAUGACAGAGAUGGUGCCACAUGGGGGCGCUCAGUUCAUCUACUAAUAGACUCUUACUCUUUGUGAUUUUCAUCAGCAUUAUCAUGAUCAUCAUCAUCGUGAAUAUCAGCAACAUCAUAAUAACUUUUCAUGCUAAAAAUGAAGAGAGCAACUUACAGCUGCUUUUAUCAUCAUCAUCGUCAUCAUCAUCAUCAUUGUCUUUGUACCUGUAGUUAAAUGUUUGAAUUAUUAUGUUGUUAUCAAGACUGUUUUAUUCACCAUCUCCAUCGCUAUUAACAUGAACGCUAAUGCUGCAAUGAAAUUUACUGGACAUGUUCAAAUUAGAGGAAGCCAAUGCUGUGAGAAACUGCGGUUUAUUUUUGUAACAUAACCUUUUGAACUGAGGCCAUAACACACACAUGCUGCAUUCUUUGCAACACCCACUCACACACACGCUACUCACACUGACUUACAUUCAGCUUAGAAAACUUGUAUUGUAGCAGUACACUUGCUGCAAGCAGCAUUUACCAAAGACUUAAUAAGACUGCAAAAGAGACAAGGAGACAAAUGUUAAAGUGAAUGGGUUCUAAGCCAGUAAAGAGAGUAAUUAUCAGACAAUCAUGGAGAAGAGGAAAAUAAGAGGUCAUAGUCGAAUACAAGAGAUUAUCUUGUAAUUGCAGAAUGGUGUGUUUUUUUAGAGCAAUAAUGCAUUUUCCUUCUUUCUAUCUUGAUUUGUGCAAGUGUAAUUAAUCUAUUAUUAAUGCAAAAUCCAUUUCCCCUUUGCAUUUUACUGGGGAACAUUAAUAUAAUAAAAUAUUUACUUUACCACCUUUGCAGUCUUGUAGGCACAGUUAUUGGAAGCUGAAGAUUGACUGCAAUCUAUCCCCAUUACAACUGAAAGCAGAGGUAUCAAACUAAUGUUAAUGUUGUAUUGUUAUGUAAUGUGCAGUACAACAUGUGAUUUAUGAAAUACUUGUGUGACUGAAAACUGCUGUACUAUCUUUUACUUCAAGCCUGGACAUAUAGUGACUCUAGAAAUAGCUUCAAACAAAACUGUUAUUAUUUUAUUAUCAUAAUUUUAUUGAAUUAGAGAAGAAUUCAAAAAAAUUUUAAGACCUUACAUUUCAAAAUUUGUACUCAUCAAAGUGUUUACAUUCAUAUGAGGUAUAUAAUUCCAGUUCUGCUUUGUUUUUGUUUUUUUGUCAGUAGUUGUCAUUUAAUUUUAGGGUAACAUUUAUGUGUCUUCUUUUUUGAUACUGCAUAACAAAAUGAGAGUAACUUUUGGAUUUGUCAUUGGAGAUUGAGAUUGGUUUUUUUUUAGUUUGAUAAAGAAACUGAGGACAAUGUUUACACAAUCUAAUCUUUUGUGAACUAAGUUGUCUUGUAUUAUAAUGUAAAUUGCUUUUGUUUUUCUUGUGAAAAUGUGAAAAUGAAUGUAUUUUGUACAUAAAUAUAUUUUGCAUAACAUGACUGGAUGAAUGGAGAGUGAGUUAU